UUACUUUACUCUUUGGUGCACCGUGGAAGAUAUUUACUUUUUCUUAUAACGUGUAAAAUAAAUAUAAACUUGUAUUAAUGGUGUAAAACCCUUAAUACUAAGCUAUUUAGAUUAAGGGAACUUUACUCUUGGAAGUUGUGUAUUAAUUUGAAGCUUCGAGAAAAGACAUAACCAUGCCGCCGAAGAAAGCUAGCGGGGCUGGCGGUGCCAGCAAAAAGACUGAAGCGAAGAAGAAGGAUAAAGUAAUUGAGGACAAAACCUUUGGUCUGAAAAACAAGAAAGGUGCAAAACAGCAGAAGUUUAUCCAGCAAGUUGAGAAGCAGGUAAAGAGUGGCGGCAUCCACCCCGCCAAGCCCAUGGAUGACAAGAAGAAGGAAAAAGAGGCCAAAAUGAAGGAGCAGAAGGAGUUAGCUAUGCUCUUCAAACCUGUACAGACACAGAAAGUUGAGAAAGGUACGGAUCCCAAAUCAGUGGUGUGUGCUUUCUUCAAGCAGGGCCAAUGUACCAAAGGAGAUAGGUGCAAGUUCUCUCACGAUUUGACACUUGAGAGAAAGGCUGAGAAACGUUCCCUGUAUGUAGACAUGCGCGAUGAUGAUGACAACAUGGACAAUUGGGAUGAGGAUAAACUGAAGGAAGUCGUGGAGAAGAAGCAUGGAGAAGGUGACAAGCAGAGACCUACUACUGAUAUUAUUUGCAAACAUUUCUUGGAAGCUGUCGAAAAAUCCAAAUAUGGUUGGUUCUGGGAAUGUCCAUCAGGCUCCAAGUGUAUAUACAGGCACGCCUUGCCUCCCGGCUUCGUCCUCAAGAGAGAUAAGAAGAAAAUGGAAGAGAAAAAGAAUGAGAUAUCUCUAGUGGAUCUCAUUGAAAGAGAGAGAGCGGCGCUUGGUCCUAAUCAAACGAAAAUCACGUUGGAAACCUUCCUUGCGUGGAAGAAGAAGAAGAUUAGAGAGAAACAGGAGGCUCUAAACAAGGCCGAAGAACAACGUCGCAGCGACUUCAAGGCGGGUCGUGCUGUCGGACUGUCAGGUCGCGAGAUGUUCUCCUUCGACCCCGCGCUGGCUAACGACGCGGAUGAAGACGAUGAUGACGAGGCCGUCGAUCUGGCCAACUACGGCGACCAGGAGGUCGAUACCACGGAGUAUAGGGAGGUCCAGUUCGAUCUCAUCGCUAUGGAAGCUUGUGAGGCUGAUGAUACCGGCACGAAAGCGACGGAAGACCGGCUGCAGCAGCUUAACCAAGGCCUAGAGAACGGCAAUGGCGACGGCCCCGAGUCCUCCAGCGAAGCCCCGGCCUCCGAAGACGCGGCCGCAGUCCCCAUCAACGAAAACCUAUUCCUUGACGAAGAUUUAGACGAAGAACUUCAAAACCUUGAUUUAGAAGAUUAGGAUUUAUACACAAUAUAGAUUAUACAAUUUU